AUGGGGGACUUUGCACUAGAUCUCGAUCUGGAUUUGGACUUAGAUCUGGAUCUGUCAAUGGAUGAGAGUGAAGACGAUGACUACUUCUCUCACAAGUUGAACCCUGAGGGGUUCAAAGCUGACCAAUCAAUGACAGACGGAGCUCGUCUUUCGAAGGCGCCGCAUGGAGAGAUUGCGAGUGUGGCGGCAACAGCAAAAGCGAGUCCGACACCAGAAAGCCAGGCAUCCAGCGAGGAAACCUAUGCGAACGCUAUCGAGAAAGAAUCUACUGUUUGGGAUGCGAUGAGCAGUUGCAAGCCUCGCUCAUGUUCUACAAACGUCGUCGAGUGUCCUACCAAUAACUCCGCGUUUUCUACAAACGGAUAUCAGAGCGCAACUACAACGACAUUUGAAUCCACAGACCACGCGGAACCAAGUUCACAGACUGCAACACCUAGUAGCUCAGUAUGUUCUGACGGGGGCCAACUACAGCUGGAUUAUCGUAUAUCGGACAAAUCAGGCAUGUAUCAGAAUAGAACUCUUGAGGAGGACUUGAAUGCGGCCGACAUUCUCCAGUCACUGUGCCAUCCCCGGGUGAACCCAACCACAAUCCAACAACCAGAUCCGGCCGCAAACAGUCGGGUCCUACCUAAAGAAGACGCAUACUUGGAAGCCAACCCAUCAUCAGAGACUCUGGGAUACUGUGGGGAUGGCCGUGAUAGUUCUCCAGACAACAGUGAUACACCACACAGCGCUAAGCGAGAUUGCGAUACAUAUUUUGAUACUGGUUCACCCAAGCGUAUGCGCACCACGCCCUGCACCAGGAACGGUCAAGAUAAGGCGGUACCGGACAGGGCCAGGCAAAUCGCCUCGACAACGAGCGAUUGUGGAGCCUCAGGUUUAUAUAGCAGCUCUAAGACGGAUGGGUGUGCAUAUGGAGCUGAUACAAACGAGUAUGUGAAUGCUGAUACUACAAAUGAGUGCGGAAACUCAUUCAAGACACACGAGAACGAGGCGCAGAUAGAAGGGUAUAAUGCCCCAGUUGCCAGUGCCGGUGAGUCGGAAGGGUCUGUGAUGAAUAGCAGUGUGGACACUACAAUAAGCCCUACAUCAAGUCCACUCAGCACUGCUGCUGAGAUAGCCUCACCUAUCCCGGCUGUAAGGGGCGGCGUCCCUUGCACAUUCGCACCCAAACGAUCAGGUGUGAAUGCAUACGCAUCUAUUACUAGCACAUCGGCACUAUCUACUAAUAGGACACUGGCAUGGGACAUGUCUACAGACGCAGAUCUCCGCUUCAAACAGCCGUUUGACAGCGUAUCCCCAGGUACAACUACGGUGACACCUGCUAUGGCCUCGGUGUACAUGAGCACGCCUCGAAGUUCGGCUCCAGGUGUCAAAGCAAAUUUAUAUGACCAUUCCGAUACAGGUUCACAUGAUCAAGUAGACACAAGUAUACACGAUCAAGGUCACCCAGAGACAUGUGCGCAUGAUCGUUUAAACACGAGCAUACUCGAUCAUGGUCAUGCUUCAUCAGCUACACAUACAGCCAGCAAUUCGAUACAUGUGACAGUGCCACAGGCAAAAAGUGUGCACGUGGGCUCACAUUUGGAGACGCACAGACAGCCGAGUGGAAAUGGGCACAACACUGUGUGUUGCGAGACCCCAUCGCUGUCGAAUGUGCGGAAGUCGUUCACUUUCGAUGGACAUGUAACAGGGUCGAAGACGUCAGGUAGCGAUGUUGUAAAAAGCGACAGUAUAGGGAGCGAUAUUGUUGGUAGCAACGAAGCUUCUAGUGUAUCUGUGAGUAGUAAUAAGUCCGCCAGCGCAACUGUGGGUGGCUUUAUGACUCUAAGUGCAGCCAUGCGUGGGUAUAUAACUUUGAUUGCGAGUUCUGGUAACCCCACGGGUGCUGUGGGUGGCACCACUGUAGAGAGCCCUGGUAUUUCUAGCUCCUUUGAACGUGUAUCGAAUGCUUCGACAACAAGCUCAGAAAAUUUAAGUACGAGCGAAGAUGGACCUAAGCGUGCGAACAAAUUUAUGGGCAAAUUCAAUACGUCGAAUGCAAGAUCAAACGAACCUAUGACUGGCUCCGCUCCGUCGAGCGCUAGUAAUCCGCCUAAAUAUAGUUUGCAGGGAGUAGAUUCUAAAUCUUGUACGCCAUCGGCCAGUGGAUUGAAUGGUAUUGACGCAAGGCCCCGCCCUAAGCCACCCAUCGGGAAAAAUGGAGUUAUUGACAUGACCCAAAUCAACAAGAAAUACCGAAGAUCUACCAUUGUGCGCGGCAGUGACUGCAGUGUCCCCUUCGCACGCCGAGGUAUCGACCGAAAACUGGACACUCUCACCUCCAGCCAAAGCGUACCCGGGCUCAAGAGUGAGACAGACUUUUCUGGUGCCAAACCCGGGUCUAAAAGUUCUACUAGUUCUGCUAGUAAUAGCGACGUACCUCUGAGUGAGAUGAGAGCGAAUGUCGCAGGCAAAGCUGAUAAUGAACCGUUUGUAGCUGGGUUGAGAGAACACAUUGGCAUUCCGCCUGGAUCAAGCAAUACUCACACGACAGGCCCUAACAGGUCUGGUAGUAGAAGUGAUUCUGAUUAUCGUAGACCUGAUAGUCAACGUUAUAAGACCGGUGUGAAGGAGGAGAAUCAACCGACACGCGUGUUUACAUCAGGUGCCAAGACGGAGUAUUCCCCAAAGCAGGAGAAUAUGGACGAGAACCUGAGCUUCUUAUUCGGCAAGACGGUCCAAGCCAUCACUGUGAUGAUGUCCAAUCCGGGACACACCCUAAUUGUGCUACCCGUAGCUGUUGUGAGUCAGUGGGUGCAGGAGAUACGAUGCAUGAGUAACAACACACUGGAGGUGUGUAUAUAUCAUGGAGCCACAAAGACAGGAGUGCAGCGAAGACUGGAGGCGAACACAUAUGCCAGGCCCACGAUUCCAGAUGUCGUACUUACUACGGGCGGUACACUAGCGGGAGAAUAUAAAGCCUAUCAGAAGGCUUUGGAGAGCUAUGAGAUUGACAAGAAGAACGGUAUCAGAUCACCAAAGCCCAUGAAGCCUCCGUUGUACAAAGUACGAUGGCACAGGAUCAUAUUUGACGAGGCACAGGUAAUUAAGAACCGCAGGAGUGGUCGCGCUCAAGCUGCCUUCAAGUUGAAAGCGCAGUAUCGCUGGUGUCUCUCGGGAACGCCUAUACAGAACAACCUGGAAGAACUGUACUCUCUCCUGCAUUUCCUGCAAGCCAAGCCCUACGGAGAUUGGCUGUGGUUCCAAAACCAUAUCGGUACUGGGUCAAAAUCCAGUGUGAUCACCAAAGCGAAAGCUAGACGAUUGCAAAUUCUCAUGCAGAUGGUGUGUCUCAGACGUCUGAAAACACAGACGAAUGACGAGGGCAAGCCAUUGGUGGAGAUGCCCAAGAAAACGGUGGUACAGGAAGAACGAUCGUUUGGCGAGGCCGAGGAGGACAUCUAUAAGUACCUACUCGAGAGCAGUGUCCGGAAAUUUACUCACUAUGCAAAAGCAGGUAAUGUAUUAUAAUAUUUU